UUGAGCGGAAAAGCGGAACGGAAAAUUAUAAAAUAUUAAUUUUUAACGAUAUUUAUUGAUUAAAAUGCUUAUAUUCAAUAGAUAAGCUAAAAAGAUAAGCAUAUUAAUGAAAAUUACAAUUAAUUAAGUGAAAACAAUGUUAAAAAAUGAAUAAAAAUAUUUAUUUGUUACCAUAUCGUUCCGCUUUUCCGCGCAAAUUGUGCUUCAUGUAAUAUAAGGAAAAAACAUUCGCGGAACGAGCGCGUCAAAUAUUAAGUGGAUACAGUAUAUUCCAUCAAAUUUCGGAGUCGAGUGAAGAAGAACGUUUUUAUAUAUUUCGAUUAUUUUAUUAUUUUAAAAGUAACAGUAUAAUAAUGGAUCCAAAUAUCAUGUUGAUGAUUAUUAUGAAGUAUCUCAUACAAGCACGGGAUGAACCGAUGAGAUAUGCAGAGAUAUUAACUAUGAAAAAGGUUAUCUCAAUGUAUAUUUUAUAUUUGCGUUACAAGAAACUGCAAGACAAAAAAACCGUAAAAUAUGGGUACAGCCUAUUUUUACUGAGACAAGAAGACUUCUUCAAGGUGACAGCGACAAUCUACUUGUGGAGAUGCGAUUGGGAGAUCCUGAAAAAUAUUUCAACUAUCUCAGAAUGUCACCAAUAAUGUUUACCGAAUUACUCAAUAUUGUUGGACCACUCAUCGAAAAACAACAUGUAGUUCGACGACCAAUACCGGCCAGAACGAGAUUAGAGGAAAAAGUUAUGAUUGAUCCAACCGAAGAAAAUUGGAGUACAAUUGCAGAAGACUUUGAGACAACAUGCCAAUUUCCACACUGCAUAGGCGCUAUCGAUGGGAAGCAUGUCGAAAUUCAAGCACCGCCUCGUAGUGGUUCCUGCUACUACAACUAUAAAGGAAAGCAUAGCAUAAACCUGCUCGCAGUAAGUGAUGCCAAGAACCGCUUCACUAUUGUUGAUAUUGGAGCAGAAGGAAGGCAAAGCGACGGAGGUGUUUUUGAAAACAGCGGGUUACCGUAUUUACUUGAAACAAAUGCUCUCCAUAUCCCUCUACCUACGCAUCUGGAUAAUAUGGAUUUGGAUUUUCCGUACGUUUUGUUGGGAGAUGAGGCUUUUCCUCUAAGCACACAUAUGAUGCGACCAUACCCUUGAAGUGGACGGCUAAAUAUCAGCAGAAAAAUUUUCAACUAUCGCUUGAGUCGAGCAAGGAGAACAGUUGAAUGUGCUUUCGGAAUUUUGGUUGCAAGAUGGAGAAUAUAUCGUCAACCUAUUGUUACAUGCACAUCUACUGCCGUAAAAGCUGUACAAGCAACAGUUGUCUUGCAUAAUUUUAUUAUUAAUAAAGAAUUGGACUUACCACUUGCAGAAAGAAGGUAUUGUACUAUACAAGAAGAAGAGUUUAAUCUCCUGGCUACAAGUAAUGGAUUAACAGAUGUAAAUUAUAGAAAUACUUCACAAAAGUCUGCAGUAGUGAAAAUUCGAAACAACUUUGCUCAUUAUUUCGAGCAUGUCAAUCCUCUACCAUGGCAGUGGGAUAAAGUUUUAACUAACAACUUUUAAAAUAUGUAGUUUUAAUUCAACGCACUUGUAAAUAAUUGUAUUAAUUAGAAUUUUGUAUUUGUAUUUUGUUAAAGUAUAUAAUUCAAAAAAGUUUCUCAUGAUAUUCGUACGUAAUCUGUUUUUUCGAUAUAUAUUGUGAAAAUUUAAUAGUAUAGAGCAAUUCAUACAAUAUGUAUAAUGAACAACAAUGUAAUAAAUUGAAUAGAAAAAUAUAUUUUAAUCUUUAUAA